AUGUCCUUUCUCAUCACAAACAUCCUUUUCCUCCUGCUGAGUUUCGUCUCAUCAUUGGACUUACGAGGAUGCAACCGACCAUUAGGAAUGAGUUCAGGAGCCAUAUUAGAUACACAGAUCACUGCUUCAUCAUCAUUUGAUACAGAAAGUACAGGACCACAACAUUCUCGUUUGCGUUUACAUACGGGAAGUGGAGCUUGGUGUCCUUUGAAUCAAAUCAAUUCAACAACGAAAGAAUGGAUUGAAAUCAAUUUCAACCAAGAUAUGAUCAUAUCAGCCAUUGAAACAGAAGGACGAUACGAUAAUGGCAGAGGAAUGGAAUAUGCCAAAGCUUAUUCCAUCGAGUAUUUCAGAAAUACAUUAGAGAACUGGGCAUUAUAUAGAGGAAAUAAUGGAAAUCAUAUCAUUCCGGGAAACACAGAUACUCGUACAGGAGUUUUAAGAAUUCUGAAUGGGACCAUUAUAGCUCGUAAAAUACGAAUAAUCCCAGUAUCCAAUUCAACUCGAACCGUCUGUUUGAGGUUUGAGGUUUAUGGAUGUCCAUAUAGAGAUAUCGUAGAGAGCUAUUCAAUUCCCAUUGGAUCCUUCUCUGAUGGUUUAAUGUUAUUAGACAACACCUAUGAUGGACGUUUUGAUAAAAAAAUGCAGAAGGGUGGCUUAGGAAAGUUAUUUGAUGGAUUUAUUGGUCACGACGAUUUUGAACAUCAUCCUGACAAAUGGAUUGGUUGGCAUAAAGAUGCUGAGAUUGACUUCAUUCCACUUUUCUUCACGUUCUCUGGAAGACAGAAUAUUUCAUCGAUUCUUAUACAUACGAACAAUCAAUUCAAUCAGCUGGCACCAGCUUUCUCAUCAGCUUUCAUCUCUUUCUCACUGGAUGGACAUAACUUCUCCAGAAGAGCUGUUCACUUUCAAUACAAAAAAGAUAAUAAGUUUGAAAACUCCCGAUGGAUCAGAAUUCCAAUCCCUGAUAGAAUAGCCAAAGCUGUAGAGAUCAAAUUGUACUUCCAAGAGGAAGCCACUUGGUUAUUGAUAUCAGAAGUUAAAUUCGAGACGAAUCGAAUAAUCUUUGAAAUACCCGAGGAAGAAUCUCAUGAAGACUUUGUCCUUCACCAUGUAGCUGAGAAUGAACAGAGCGAAAUGUUCAACUUCCAUCCUUACUUGCUCUCUCUGAUCGUCUUCUCCAUGAUUAUCUUAGCUUGUGGAUUCUUCGCUAUGAAACGUAGAGAUCGUAGAGUUAAAGCUUCAUCUCCGGCCCCAACUCUUUACAACCGCCGUAAAAUGGACACCCUCAUUAGUUAUAACGGGACUAGAACAAUGACUACAACGCUGUCCGGGUAUGAAAUGACAAGAGAGAGUAUGCCUACCUUACUUGAAAAGUAUCCUAUUCUUGAUUCCAUCGAAUCUGAGUAUGCCGAGCCAGAGAUGUGCUCUGAUAAUAUCUACAACCCUCUUCUAUCGUCAUUCUACACAUCUGAUGAAACUUUACCAAUGGAUUAUAAGAAACGCAAUCCUUUAUCUUCUCUCGUAAAGUAUUCUGACUAUGGAGAGGUUUAUACAACAACUCUACCAGAGAUCGAUAGGAAUAAAUUGGAGUUCGUUGAUAAAGUUGGACAAGGAGAAUUUGGUGAAGUACAUUUGUGCCGUCUGGAGAACAGACUGGUGGCUGUCAAACGUUUGCACAGUACGUCUGAGGAAGACGAAAUGGCUUUCCAAAGAGAAAUCCGUGUUCUAGGAGCGUUGAAACACCCAAACGUGGUAGAGGUUAUAGCAGUUUCCACUAUUAACAAACCAAUUCUUUGUGUUAUGGAAUAUAUGCCUAGAGGAGAUUUGAAAUCAUAUUUCAGUACUUUGCCCCAAAUUACCUCUGCCAAUUGUCUUUCCGUAUGUACUCAGUUAGCUGCAGGUUUAGCUUAUUUGGAAUCUUGUAACUUUGUCCAUAGGGAUGUUGCGGCUCGUAAUUGUCUUGUUGAUGAUGAAGGCAAUGUUAAGAUUGCUGACUUCGGAAUGGCUCGUUCUCUAUACUCAUCUGAGUAUUAUAAAGUAGGAGGAGGCAACUUCGUACUUCCAGUUCGUUGGAUGUCACCAGAAGCUCUAUUUAUGGGAAAGUUUUCCACAGCUUCUGACGUUUGGUCAUUUGGAAUCACCAUGUGGGAGAUUUUCAAUAAAUGUCAACUUCGACCAUACAGUGAUUUGCCAGACGACAAAGUCGUCGCAAAUCUUCAGAACAUAUGCGGUACUGGAAAAAUAGAGAGUUCAUUACCAUGUCCUUCCCUCUGUGCUUCUAUCCUCUAUCAUCAACUGAUUCUCAGAUGUUUGCAUCCAUCCGCUACAACAAGACCGACAUUCGGAUUGAUUCACUUGAAUUUGCAAUCUUUCAUUCACUCAAACAAAAUUAAUUUAUAG